GCCCUAAACCCUAACAUCCCCCUUCGCCCAAAACCCUAAUCCGACCCCCCUUUUUUUUUUGGCCCCCCCACCUUUUAUUUUAUUACCCAACUCUGGGGAGCGCGAGACUGGGAGAAACCCUACUCGCAUUGUUACAAUCUCGCGAGCGCCCUUCGCUCCUCUCUGCCUCUCUUUUUCUCCCUUCGACUUCUGUCAAAAGGGUACGAAAUCUCGUGUUCGUUGUAGAGAUGGAGGCGUUGUGCAGAAGCGAGAGCAAUGGACCUGCCGUUGUCUUCUCCAUGAUGGAACUCCUGGUUGCGGAGACCUUUUUGUCCGCGGAAAGGUCUCUCCUUUGGCUUCUUCUGGCGGUGGGUUCAUUAUCAAGCGAAAUUGACAUAUUGGGUAAAAGGCCAGACGUAAUUUAUGGGGUACUUGGAAAAAGCAAAGCUGAGCGUGUGCAUGAGAAUAAGGAUGAUGGUGAAUCAGAUGAUGAUGAUGAUGAUGAAGAUGACGAAGAUGAUGGAGAGGACCAAGAUGAUGAUGGAGAUCAAGAUGACUUCUCAGGUGAUGAAGGUAAUGAUAAUGAAGGAGAUGAUGAUGAAGACCCCGAGGCUAACGGUGGAGGAGGAAGCAAUGAGGAUGACGAGGAUGAUGAUGAUGAUGAAGAUGAUGAUGAUGAGGAUGAUGACGAUGAUGAAGAAGAUGAUGAAGAUGAAGAAGAGCUCCCCCAACCUCCUUCUAAGAAGAGGAAGUGAGGUAAUGUUACAUUUAGCAUAGCUUGUUUCUUGAUUAGAGGAUAGAUUUGUGGGGGGCUUAGUUUUAUGGAUGGGAUCUUGGUUGUGUUAGGGUAGGAAAAGAAGAGACCGGUUGUGAAUGAACUCUUAAUUUUUUUUUUUUCUGUGUUUUACUCUUGAAAUAUCAGAUUGCUGGUAGACAUUUGAUGUAUUCCGAGGGUUGAUCUCUCUCUCUCUAUCUCUCCACCCGAUUUAUAGCGCUGGUGGACAUUUGAUGUAUUCCAAGGGUUGAUCUAUCUAAUUCACGUCUCUUAAGCUGGAUGCCAGAUUAAGUCCAGCUGUUAU